CGAUUAGCCACCGGCGCAGCAAUCUCUCCGUUUCUUCCCAAAUCGUCAAACCCUAAUCGAUUUUUUUUUGUUACUCCGGAGAAGAGAAGAUGAUGGGAUCGGAGAAUGCCGACGUGUUCGAAGAGACGAAUCUCAAUGCAGCGAAGGAGGAGAUGGAGAAUCUCGUCCUUAACGGCAGCGAUGUCAACGGCGAUUCAUCGAACUCUGCUUAUCGCAGCGCGAUGUCAACACUCUCCAACGUCCACGACCCUCUCUCGCCGCUUCCUACCGUCCUGACUCCGGCUGAUUCCGAUCCACUUACUGCGCCGUCCUCCUACAUCGAGCCGCCGUCUUACGCCGAUGUUAUCUUCAGCCCUUUUGACGAGACCUCGGACAGCGAGAUCAACGGCGGCGAGGAUAGCAGUCUCUCCCCCGAUUCGCUAUCGAGAUCUCCUUCUUCGUCGAGCUCCGAUUACAUCAAGAUCACAGUAUCGAACCCUCAGAAAGAGCAGGAGACUUCGAACUCCAUCGUGGGAGGAAACACUUACAUCACGUACCAGAUCACGACGAGGACGAAUCUUCCUGACUUCGGUGUAUCGGAGUCCAGCGUGCGGAGAAGGUUUAGAGAUGUUGUUACGCUUGCAGAUCGAUUGGCUGAGUCGUAUAGAGGGUUCUGCAUACCACCGAGGCCGGAUAAGAGCGUGGUAGAGAGUCAGGUUAUGCAGAAGCAAGAGUUUGUGGAGCAGAGGAGAGUUGCUUUGGAGAAGUACUUGCGUAGGCUCAGUGCACACCCUGUUAUUAGGAAGAGCGAUGAGCUGAAAGUGUUCCUUCAGGUGCAAGGGAAGUUGCCGCUGCCGAUGAGUACUGAUGUGGCGUCUAGGAUGUUGGAUGGUGCUGUGAAGCUUCCGAAGCAGCUGUUUGGUGAAGGUGGGGCAUCUGCGGUGCCGGUGCAUGAGGUGGUUCAGCCUGCUAGAGGAGGUAGGGAUCUGCUGAGGUUGUUUAAGGAACUGAGGCAGUCGGUUUCUAAUGACUGGGGUGGGUCGAAACCAGCGGUUGUUGAAGAAGAUAAAGAGUUUUUGGAGAAGAAGGAGAAGAUGCUUGAUCUCGAGCAACAAAUUAUCAACUCCUCACAGCAGGCUGAAUCCCUUGUGAAGGCACAGCAAGACAUGGGGGAAACCAUGGGUGAACUGGGGUUAGCAUUCAUUAAGCUGACAAAGUUCGAGAACGAAGAAGCUGUUUUCAACUCCCAGAGAACUCGUGCUACUGAUAUGAAGAAUUUAGCCACUGCCGCUGUAAAAGCAAGCAGAUUUUAUAGGGAGCUAAAUUCCCAGACUGUCAAACAUUUGGACACACUACAUGAGUACCUUGGCAUGAUGAUGGCUGUCCAAGGCGCAUUUGCAGAUAGAUCUAGUGCUUUACUGACAGUGCAGACGCUUCUAUCAGAGCUUUCUUCGCUGCAAGCAAGAGCGGAAAAGCUAGAGGCUGCAUCAUCAAAGGUAUUUGGUGGUGACAAAUCAAGGAUCCGGAAAAUAGAAGAGUUAAAAGAAGCCAUCAAGGUCACUGAAGACGCAAAAAAUGUUGCCAUCAGAGAGUAUGAAAGGAUCAAGGAUAAUAACCGAUCUGAGGUGGAGAGGUUGGAUGGAGAAAGGCGUGCAGACUUCAUGAACAUGAUGAAGGGUUUUGUUGUUAACCAGGUUGGAUACGCAGAGAAAAUUAGCAACGUGUGGGCAAAGGCUGCAGAAGAGACGAGCCAAUACGACAGAGAGAAGCAGAGCAGCUAACAGACACAGAAAAACGAAAGAGCGAAUGAUGUUCAUUUUGGCAUAAUCAUACCAGUUCCAUGUUUGACACAGAAUCACAGUACGUGAUAAACUAAUAAUGGGUGUCGAACUAAUGUAUUUUCUUGUUUUUUUGUUUGUUUAUCUGUUGUAUCUAUCUGAUAGAGUUCAGUAAACGUUUGUCUCUCUUGUUUCUUUUAGUUGCUGUAAAUUGUUUCUCCAUAGCGUUACUCACCAAUUCACCAUCUAUA